UCGUACAGUACCCUCUGCAUAUGAUGAGCAACGUCACCAACUAGUAUAUGUGAAACGUUUCUGUUACAUAUUUUUGUAUUUCAAUUUAUCAAUUUUUAGACGACAAUUGCUUUGAUGAUUUUUGUUUCUUUGAACCAAGGGACUUAAGGACUGCUCAUAAAAAAUGGGAUCCUCCCACAGUAUUGAAAUACCUGGAGGUGGAACAGAAGGUUACCAUGUACUGAGGGUACAAGAAGGCUCUCCUGGACAGAAAGCUGGCCUUGAAGCAUUCUUCGACUUUAUUGUAGCCAUCGGGAGCUACCGUUUGAAUCAGGAUAAUGAUACUUUAAAGGAACUACUCAAGAAUGGAGUAGAUAAAAAAUUAACGCUUACAGUGUACAGUAGUAAAACUCAAUCUGUAAGACAAAGUGUUAUAGUACCAAGUCUUACAUGGGGUGGACAGGGUCUCCUUGGUGUUAGUGUUAGAUUUUGUUCUUUUGAAGGUUCUAAUGAAAAUGUUUGGCAUGUCCUUGAAGUACAUCCAUCUUCUCCUGCCGAAUUAGCAGGUUUACGACCAUUUACUGAUUACAUUAUCGGUGCUGAUUCAGUUUUACACGAGUCUGAAGAUUUGUUCACGUUGAUAGAGGCACAUGAGUCGCGUACCCUAAAUUUAUAUGUAUAUAACACAGAAGAUGAUUCUUGUAGAGAAGUUACAAUUGUACCUAACCAUACUUGGGGUGGAGAAGGAAGCUUGGGUUGUGGAAUAGGCUAUGGAUAUCUUCAUAGAAUACCAAUUAGAAAUAUGCAAGAACACAAACCUAGUAACUCGUAUACAAGUACCGCAAAGUCUACUGUUUUAAGUCACGUGACAACUACAACUGCAACUCACACUGGAGGAACUAAUAUGGUGACAAAUAUACCACCAGGUUUUUCUAUUCCACCUAAUUAUGUUUCUUCACAAGAUAUUACUGCCAAAGCUCAACUGGAAACCACUACAUUACCACAAACCAUGUAUACACCAACCAUACAGACAUAUGCUGUCCCACAAUUGAAUCCAGCUACUGUUGGCGGAUCUACUACAACUAUUUCUGCAUCACAUAUGAUGUCCAAUCAAGGAAAUAUCAAUCUUAUAAGUGGCAAUAAUACUAUACCUCAACUAAAUACAAUGCCAAAUAUACCUGGCAUGCCUACUAUUCCAUCUUUACCGGCAUUCACAACUAAUACAACAAUUUCGAGUGAAACUGGUCCUGCAGUUGAGUUAUCCAAAGAUUUGUACAAUCCAACAACCGUACAGAAUGUAAUUCAAAGUGCGACAACGACCGAAGUACAGUUUAACGCGCCUCAAUCUCAAGUAGUAACAGUACCAAUUUCUCUACCCGGCAUGCCACCUAUUACCGUUAGUACAAGUCUGCCACAGAAUACACCUUUCUACACGCCCGCUUUUGAACAAAGUCAACUGACUGGCAUAAACACAGUUCCCACAUCCACAGUGACACCAACACAGUAACAAUAGUCUCAUUUCUAAACAAAUUUUUGUUUCUUGACAAAAUGGAUAUUGAUGAAUGAAAAUAAAAGCGCAAUUCAUAUGUUACAAAUAUACUGUGUCACUCUACUCUUGUGCGUUUAUACUUUAUUACUUGUCUAAACUAAUAUAUACAAGUUUUUCGGUACGCGAGGGAAAGAUUAUGUAAUUCUGUAUAUAGCUAAAAUAAUCGCAUAAGCUAAGAUUUAAUUAAAGCAUUUAAGAAAAAAUAUAA